CGAGCGAUCAGUCAGUCUUUCAGUCUGUCCGCGACACUGCGCUUUCUUAGUUUGCCGUUUUUUAGUGAGCCGUGAGCCGUGAGCCGAGAGCCGUGCGCCUGCUGUUGUCUUGAACGUAUUAUUGAAGAAUUGGAAUUGUUCAAGCACGUAAACAUGAAAUACUUUUCCACCACAUUUGCUGCGCUUUUCCUUUGCGGCAUGAUGUUCCAAUACCAAUGCAUUGCACAGCCGGUCGAUGCGAAGGGGGGCUCUGGCGCAGCCGCGGCUAUAGUGAUUGAUGCGGCGCCUUCGGUGGUCUCCUAUCAGGGCUCGUCACAAGCGCAUGCGCAUCUGGUGUUAGCUCCUAUGGGCCGUUCGUUGGGUUAUGUGGAACCCUUGGAUGUGAAUCGUACAUUGGCGCGAAACGAGCGUUUGGACGAGCGUCAUGAAGUACUAGAUAUUAGUCCCGUCUAUGUGCCGGAGUGAAGGGCGCGUGCGCACGUUGUGGUAUUCAUAUAUGUACGUACAAGAAUGUGCAAUGUGAAUUGUUGUGCAUAAAUUUAUUGUUGUGUGGGCUUGUGCAAUAUGCAAAAGUUCAAAGAAAACAAAAAAAAAAAACAACAAAAAAACGAGCAUUGAAUAUGCUUAAUUAUUUCUAUAUUCGUUAGAUAGUUAAAAAUAUGUGUGUUGUUGUAAAGAGCUAAGUGAUGUAGAGAUUAGUGAAUGCUUAUUCUAAUAAAAAAUAAAUAAAAUAAAAUAAAAUAAGCUAAAGAA